CUUUCAUGUUGGCGUCAUGCAUCGUUUUGCGGAAUUGUCAGUACGCGGCACCUUUUGUCGUUUACGUGUGUUUCUUUUUUAUUUGUAAAAUUAUGUUUGUUAGAAAGUUGUUCAAAGGGGACAUUAUGAUAAUCUGUCACUCAAUACAGAUUUAUAAGCUCAUAAUAUGUCAUUUAAAUAUUGACCUAUUGUUUUGGCUUCCUCAUUUGUUGUAAUAUCAAACUGGACCAACCUGUUGCCGACUGGACACAACCGUUGACUGUGGUUGUUACCUUUUGGUUGCAACACCUUGAAUCAAUUAUGAAGGAGGCUGGCUUGAGAAUAGAGUAAAUGAAUUAUGAACAAGUAAGAGUGAGUCUCAAACUGAACAGUGUUCUCCCACUGGCACGCAGAUGUCCUUCAUUGCAGUGAUAUCCUGUUUCACCUAGCAGGAAACAGCCUCUUAUUGUUCCUGGGCUGGGUGAUGUUGUGGUCCUGUCAUGCUCCACGUAGCAAACUCUACAUCCUGUACGGAUGACAGCUGAUCAUUAUGGGGGAGGUGUAUUUGUAGCAAGGCGUUGUCACUUAUUAACAGGUGAGGGAGUUGCCUUGAGCCAGCAGUGUCAUGGCCCACCUGCUGCCACGUGGGUCCUGGAGGACUGUGGCCGGAGCAGGUGAAUUCAGGUGUUUACUGAGAGGUGUGGUGUGUUUGUUCACACUCUCCGCCUCCAUGUUCUAUCUGCCAGUCCUCCAGGACUGUUUCCUAAAGAGGCAGGAGGCACAAGGUUGGAAAGACUUCCUGCUGCUAUGACACUUGCAGAGACGCACAACCCGGUUUAAGAAUUGUUACUCUUGCUGGUAUUUUGUUUUGGCUUCAGUAAUGGCUACCUGAAUGUUUAGUAAGUAAAAGCAGCACUGAGAGCAACACCCAUUGCGAAACAUGCGUCCAUUCCUACGGCGGCGUACAUCCCUGCUGAAACUGGUGCUCCUUGGGGGGACUCUCUUCAUGGUGAUCCUAGUGGUUCUCCAGAGGGAUGUUGGGUCUUCACCUGCUGGUGACCCCUGGUUUCAGGAGCUGGUGGUCAAGAAGGAUAAGGUGAUGAUCAUGGUCCGAGAGGCUGUCAACAACAUUGGCUUCCAGAUCAGAGCUCCUCAGCCACAGCCAGUAGAGCAGCAGCCCACCCAGGACGCCAAAUGCCCUGCUGGAUUCUACACUCGGGCUCAGCUCAAACCUCACCUGGAGAGACCGCCUCAGGACCCCACAAGCCCUGGGGCUGAUGGGAAAGCAUUCCAGAAAAACCACAUGACCCCAGACGAGGCGAAGGAGAAGGAGGAGGGAAUGACAAGGCACUGUUUCAACCAGUUUGCCAGUGACCAUAUCUCACUCAGCCGUAGUCUUGGGGAUGACACAAGGCCUUCAGAGUGCGUGGAGAAGAAGUUCCGUCUCUGUCCUGCUCUGCCGACCACCAGUGUUAUUAUCGUCUUCCACAACGAGGCGUGGUCUACCCUCCUCAGGACGGUCUACAGCGUCCUGCACACGGCUCCUGCUAUCCUGCUCAAAGAGAUCAUCUUGGUAGAUGACGCCAGUGUUGCAGAUCACCUAAAAAGUCAACUGGAGGAAUUUGUCUUUCCGCUGAAGAUUGUCCGUGUUGUGAGGCAGCUUGAGAGGAAGGGCCUCAUCACUGCCAGGCUGCUGGGUGCCAGCAUUGCUCAAGGCGAAAUCCUAACCUUUCUGGACGCACACUGUGAGUGUUUCCAUGGUUGGUUAGAGCCACUGUUGGCCCGCAUUGUUGAGGAACCCACAGCUGUGGUCAGUCCAGAGAUCGCCUCCAUUGACCUUGAAACUUUUCACUUCUACAAGCCUUCGCCCUCCAGCCACGCUUUCAACCGGGGAAACUUUGACUGGAGCCUGAGUUUCGGCUGGGAGCAAAUCCCUGAGGAGGCGAAUAAGCUGCGCAAGGAUGAAACCUACCCCGUAAAAACACCUACUUUUGCCGGCGGUCUUUUCUCAAUCUCAAAGAAGUACUUUGAACACAUUGGAACAUAUGAUGACAAGAUGGAGAUCUGGGGCGGUGAAAAUGUGGAGAUGUCGUUCAGGGUGUGGCAGUGUGGGGGUCAGCUUGAGAUCCUCCCUUGUUCUGUAGUUGGUCAUGUCUUCCGUACCAAGAGCCCCCACACCUUCCCCAAGGGCACAGCAGUCAUCACUCGCAACCAGGUACGCCUGGCUGAGGUCUGGAUGGAUGACUACAAGAAGAUUUUCUAUCGCCGCAACAAGGAAGCUGCAGUUAUGGCCAGUGAGAAUAAGUAUGGGGACAUAUCUGAUCGCCUGAAUCUGAGAGAGAAGCUUAAGUGCAAGAACUUCACCUGGUAUUUAAACACCAUCUAUCCAGAGGCCUUCAUUCCAGACUUAAACCCAGAAAGAUCUGGAGCAAUUAGAAACUCAGGUUCUAAAACUUGUCUGGAUGUUGGAGAGGCUAACCAGGGAGGUAAAUCUGUGAUUAUGUACCAGUGUCACAACAUGGGGGGCAACCAGUACUUUGAAUACUCAACUCACAAGGACCUGCGUCAUAAUAUUGCAAAGCAGCUGUGUCUUCAUGCCACGCCCCAGCCAGAGGCAGUGAAGAUCGAGCUAUGUGUCCUGAAGGGGAAGGGAACCAGUUUGGCACCAGAACAGGAGUGGGUCUUCACAGAGGAAAAUCUGCUGAAAAAUCCCAGUAGUGGGAAAUGUUUAUGGCUGAAUGGAGACAAGCCUCAGAUGGACCACUGUAAUGCUGCCGACCUCUACCAGCACUGGACCUUUGGCUGACCUCCCUGUCUGCCCAUCAGGUGACCUCUGGACCUCGUGUCUCCUUCCUCAGACUCUGCUCUGAGGAGCCAACUCAACAUUGAUCCACAAGGACGUCCUGCUGUGGAGCGUGGGGCUUUUUGCCAUACUGAGUGGACAGUUACAGAUGGAGGUCAAAGGAAAGACUGUUGAAGAUGCUCGGGUUGGCCUUAACUUGUUUUAAAUUUAUUUAUGAUGGAAACUCAGAGAGACGCUUGAAGGUGGCUGGGGAUUAUUAGUCAUUAGACUGUGGACUUUGCCUGCAGGAGUGGCAGCUUGACUCUGGGGCAGUGGGUGUGACCUGAAAUUAUCUUACUUCAGUAAAUUCACACUCCAGUUAGUGUUUUUUUAAAUUUUCUUUGGCUCACAAUGAAUUCAUUGAAAUGUGACAUUGAACAUGUCACACGUUGAAAUAUGCCAUAAUAAUAAUAAGAAAUAAGUCAUAGAAUCAAGAGAUGUCUGUUUUUUUCAAAAUAAAAUUUCUUCUUUGUUGUGU